UCUCCGUCUCUGUGUGUGGUCGCUCAGGUGUGUGUUGGUCCCUGAAGGUCCCGCCCAACCUCCGCAGGCAGCAGCGCUUCGGAGAACCUCGCCGCGCCGCGCCGCACCGCACCGAUGGCUGGAAGCUUCCUGCAGGUCCUUUUCCAAGCGCACGCGAACCUGACCCCCUCGGGCGCGCACCUGGCGGCGGCGGCGGUGGCGGCGGAAGAGGAGAACGUGACGUGGAGCCCGGUGGAGCAGCAACGACUGCUGGAGCUCGGCCACCGGCCCCUGAAGAUCGCCAUCAUCACGGCGCUCGGGGUCCUCAUCACGCUGGGCAACGCGGCCGUGGCGCUCGUCAUCGCCUCCUCCGUGUCGGGCUGGUCGCGCAUCUCGCGCCUCUUCCUGCUGUCGCUGACGGGCGCGGACGCCGCCUUCGGCCUCGUGGUGAUGCCGCUGAACCUGUGCGUGAGCCUGCUCAAGGACUACCGCGACGGGCCCGACCCGCUGUGUCACGUGGUGGCCUUCGUCAACUCCACCGUGUACGCCACGUGCAUGUACAGCCUGGCGGCGAUCAGCGCCGAGCGCUACGUGGCCGUCUUCUUCCCGCUCAAGUACGCGUCGGUGCUGACGCGCGGCCGCGCGCUGCGAGUCAUCGCCUUCGCGUGGCUCUUCCCGCCCGUGCUGCUGCUGCCCAUCAGCCUGCCGCGCGGCAUCAUCGAGGUGCACUUCUCCACGGCCUCGCUCGUGUGCAACCCGUCCUACGCGAGCAACGUGGCCUACUCGCUCGCGCUCACCGCCUUCAUCUUCUUCCCGUGCGCCUCCGUCAUGACCUUCGCCAACCUGCGCCUCUGGUUCGCUGCGAAGCGGCAGCGCGUGAAAUUGCAGCGGCACGCGGCGGGGGGGCGAUGCCGGCCUGAUGCGGCCGCGCGCGUGCUCGUGCCCGUCCUGACCGUGUACUACACGUGCUGGACCCCGUGCAUGGUGACCAUCCUCUACAACGCCAUCUCCGGCAGCAGGGUUCCGGAGUGGGUGGAGUUUGUGGCCGUGUGGUUGCCCACCUCCAACGGCUUCCUCAACUGCAUCUUCUACUUCUGGAUGAACCGUAGCUUCCAACAGAAGUUCCGGCUGCUCGGCCAGAGGCUGUGCCUGUCGCUGUGCCCGGAGGUAGCGCAGGCGUUGGGUUGCAUGGUGCCCACGGCCCUCCAUGCAAUGGCUGGCCUCUGGGACGACAACAACUGCCUGCAGGAGCGUUCCACCAGCGUGUCCUCCACGUGCACGCUGCUCACACGGGCCACGGAGACCCACACGUGAGCACCUCAACCAUACCUUGGCUCUUGCUGCGAGCAGCGUGAACUCGGCACAAAGCCUUUCCCUGCUGUGAAAGUGCACAGUCAAGCACUAGUGCGGGGCAUGUGCUACGACUUUUGACCUUUAGUGCAGCGUGACCCUCGAGUGACCACAACCGUCCUGGAACUGCAGUCUGCCAAGUCUACAUGCAGUGAUUGGGUGAUCUUCUGAGUUGGUAUCUGACCCACAAUGCUUUGAGAACCUGUCGGACCGACACCAUCGGCUUCACCCGGUCAAGGAGGACUGUUUUUUAGCUCCAUUUUUUUUUUCUCGCGCCUGGGUCCACAGUGGGUUCGUUUUAACCCUGCCUGUACAGCAAAGUUUUGUCCAGUCUGUGUCAUUUAAGCAAUGCCAUUUUGGGGUGACUUUUUUUUCCUUUGAUUAACUGCUUCUCCAAAAUUGGUCAAAUUUACUUGUAUAUAUUUAAACAUUUUUAUAUUUAUAAAAAAAAAAGUCUGGGGAAAAAGGUGCAGUGCUGUAAAGGUGUAUAAAUAUA